UGGACCCGUACUGACAUAAUGGCAUUAGUAUGAUUACUGUAGGACGCCAGCAAUGGCAGUCAUUCGCGCAACUCUCAGUGCCUAAGAUCUGACGGCAGUCACGGCACUAGUAUUGUAUAUCCGGCUCAGUAGCCGCACUCCCCAAGCCGGACAGUCAGGGUGCCCAUAGCAGCAAUGGCUGCCGGAGUGCAAAGGAUGUUAUACAACUUUCUCCAUAGGAUACGGGGAUGUGGCGGUUCGGAGCUCGCUGGGUACGGAGGUCUGCUACCUGCCACCCCGGGGUGUGCGGUCGCCCCUUCACCAAUGAGAUACGGCCUGAGACCUGGCCCCGGGGUACGGUAGACCGGUUUGGCGGAGUGAGUGUACGGCUGGAGCCGGCACAUCCCGGGGACGAGGCUGCUUUCAGGAGCUGGUUACAGGAUGCUAUAAAGAGAUGGAAAGAAGAAGGCAGGAUAGCAGUGUGGUUGCACGUUCCCAUCAUGCUGAGUGGACUUAUAGCCUAUGCGGCCUUAGAAGGUUUUAGAUUUCAUCAUGCUGAACAGAACACAUCCACAUUGACUCUUUGGUUAAAGGAUGGUCCAAGCAGACUGCCUGGGUAUGCCACACACCAAGUAGGGGUUGCAGGUGCUGUUUUAGAUGAGGACACUGGCAAAGUAUUGGUUGUACAGGACAGAAAUAAGACUGUAAAUGCGUGGAAGUUUCCAGGCGGACUGUCUGAUCCCUGUGAAGAUAUUGGAGAUACAGCAGUCCGGGAAGUUCUAGAGGAGACUGGCAUUAAGUCAGAGUUUAGGUCCCUCUUAAGCAUAAGGCAGCAGCAUAAUCACCCUGGGGCAUUCGGAAAGUCAGAUAUGUAUAUUAUAUGUCGUCUGAAGCCAUUGUCUAACCUAAUAAACUUCUGUCCUCACGAGUGCAUAAGGUGUGAAUGGAUGGACCUCCAUGAGCUUGCAUAUACUUGCAAUACCACCCCUAUCACCAGCAGAAUUGCUAAACUGCUACUGUAUGGAUACAAGGAGGGGUUUCAGAACAUUGACCUGACUAUGAAGACAUUCCCAGCUGUUUACUCUGGGCUGUUCUACUCUCUGUAUCACAGAGUAUUACCAGAUCAUUACGAAACCAAGACUGACAUCUAGCAGACUUCACAUUGAGACAACGUAGUACUAAAAAAGAUAACAUUGUCAAUUUAUAGCCAACUCUUCAGGAAUGAAAAAUACCUAAUUGAGCCAACACUUAUGUGCUAGCAUAGGCAUAUAUGUAUUGUUACGUAUUAACAAUAUUUAAUUGGAAUUACAUUAAAAGAUGAUUAUAUAUAUACUUUAUACACUGGCACAAGAGAGGCUUUCAAUCACAUUUAAUACUGAUUAAAAAUAUAUAUUUGUAUUCUAAUUCUCUUAAAAAAUAUACCUCCUGAAUUGCAUGAAACAAAACAAGUGUCCUGUGAGAUCAGCUUUUUGCUGACAUGGGAAGAAAUAGAAUAGCUUUCUGUCCCAGGCUAGUUUGUGAUCCGUUUUUGUACUGCCCAGUCCUCUUCAGCGCCACGUACCAAUCACUGUACUUGCGAGAUCGGUAUGUGUUAUAGUUGUUUGCCUCAAGUCGUUCAAAAAAGAAGCAUUCAUCAGUUAUAGCUUUCUGAAAUAAAGAUGAAAGGAGACAGUGUUACAGUUCAGGGUAGGUGAAUCACAAUGCAGUGUCAGGAUAGGUGUAUCACAAAUAGUCUAACUAUUAUUAUCGUUUAUUUUUAUGGUGCCACAAGGGUUCCACAGCACAUAACAAAGGGCCUAAUUCAGAUCUGAUCGCAGCAGCAAAUUUGUUAGCUAAUGGGCAAAACUAUGUGCAUUGCAGGGGAGGCAGAUAUAACAUGUACAGAGAGAGUUAGAUUUGGGUGAGUUAUAUUGUUUCUAUGAAGGGUAAAUACUGGCUGCUUUAUUUUUACACUGCAAUUUAGAUUUCACUUUGAACACACCCCACCCAAAUCUAACUUUCUCUGCACAUGUUAUAUCUGCCCCCCCUCCCCCCCCCCCCCCUGCAGUGCACAUGGUUUUGCACAUUAGCUAACAAAUUUGCUGCUGUGAUCAGGUCCGAAUUAGGUGUGAUCGCAAAAAGGUACAUAAAUAAGUAAAACAAGAAAACAGUGCAUUACAGUAUAAGACAAUGCGGGACAAGUACACAGUACUAUAUAUAUAUAUAUAUAUAUAUAUAUAUAUAUAUAUAUAUAUAUAAACAUUGCUGCAUCAGCGGUCAUAAUACUGAUAUAAGCAUCAGGGAAUAAUUUAAAAUUAUGAUCUUUUAAAAAAGCUAAUUUAAAGUAUACCCAUGCCUACAUGCAGUGAAGGCAGCCAUUUUGUGGAACAUGUAUCAAUUCUCUAAGAACUCAAGGAUCACUGGGCAUGAGUCAGCUGAAUCACUUGAAAUAGUGACAAUAUUAGAUCAUUCCCAGUAAAUUGUUAUGGCUGGGGUAUGCGGUCACUAUGUCGCUGUUUGACAGGUCAACAUUCAGUGUCGACAGAUGCUCGACAUUGAUGAUGUCAACAUGGUUAUAUUUUCAACACCUUCAAAAUGUUGACGUUGUCAUAAUAUCAACAUUUCCAGGAAGGUUACUGUUAGGCGAUUCAGUAUGGGAUCCCGGCGUUCAUAAGACUGACACCAGAAUCCCGACAGGUGGGAUUCCGAUGGUGAGCGCAGCAUGUAUUCUCGCAGGCUCACUGCACUCAACACUCUUCGGGCCCAGUGGCGAGCUUCAUUUGUUACGUUAAUUAAUUCCCCCUCGGGGGGUGGCUUGGACCACACCCCGAGUGGGGAGUCCAACCUCCAGGAGUCGCUUGAAUGUCAGGAUUCCAGCAUCGGUAUCCUAACCGCCGGGAAACUAACUGCUUCCCGUGUUAGGAACAGAAUGACCAAGAAACUGUAUGUUGAGAGAGUAACAAUGUCAACAUACAUCAGUGUUUACAUGCUAAAUUCGACAUACUGCAAUCAAUGUUGAGAUCAUGUUUGCAUGUUCAGUGUCAACAUUACGAAUGUCCAUCAUAACCCUUGGUUAGGUCCUUGUCACUUCUGUAUCCAUCGUGUGUGUCCAGUGGGUACACUUUAAUAUAAGAGAAUACUUAAAUAAAAAAAAAUACCUUGCUCUAAAAAAACCAUUAAAACAAACUAUUGAUAUGUAAUGACAUAAAUGAGUGGGCUACUUCACUGGAGGAUGUUUUUUUACAUCUAAAGUCAAUGACAUUUAAGUAUUUCCAGAAUACACAAAUGGUUUCAGUAUCAUAGAUGAUAACAAAAAAAUGAGUCUUUUGAAAUCUGUUUAAACUUCUAUAAACACAGUUGGAUGUCUGCAAUGCUGCUAUUCAUUAAACAUUGAGACAGA